CCACCCGAACCGCAAAAACCCAACUUUGCCGUUUCGGGUGCCCUGGCCAACGAUCCCGCCAACGCCAGUGGCAACGUCUACAAAGGAAUCGUGCUAAAAUUUCGGGAACCACCCGAAGCGCGGGCACCCAAUACCCAAUGGCGACUUUACGUCUUCCGAACGGCCGCUCCGGACACGAACGACGAUCCCAUUGAUAUUUUGCAUAUUGCCAAGCAAUCGGCGUACCUCAUGGGUCGCAACAAGGACGUGUGUGACGUGGUUAUGGCACACGCGUCGAUUUCGUCGCAACACGCGGUCCUCCAGUACCGCGCGGUGCCGUCGCCCGACGGUCCACGCCGUUCGUGUCAACCCUACCUGAUGGAUUUGGAAUCGACCAACGGAAGCUUCUUGAACGGAGUCCGACUGGAUCCGGCCCGGUACUACCAACUGAAACGAGGGGACGUCUUGACCUUUGGAUCCUCCACCCGUGAAUACGUCUUACUGUCGGCGCACACCACCUCCAUUGCGUAA